AUGUGGUUAAUAUUUUUGCUGUUAAUUCCAGCUUUUGUAUUCUCGAAAUGUAAAAUUGAGCUGCUUCAAGAUGAAUGUCCAACUUGUUGUGCUAUUUUAUAUUCUUCUGAUAGUUGUGAAAUUGAUCAAUUGAAUAUGAAAAUUAAUGUGAAAGAUAAAAAUAGAGGAGCGCUUGGAGCCAUGGUGAGUGAAGAAAUAUUUUGAAGUUAUUUUUGGUUAUAAUCAGGAGAAGGUUUUAAAAAAAAUCUGAAUUUUUUUUUCCUAAUAUUAUUUGGAAUUCUCAUUUUUUGGAACUUUCAGAUUUUUUUUUAAAAAACACUUUGGGAACCCUUGUACAUUUUAAAAUUCAGAAGCUCUUCCAAAUAUUUAUUUUCUAGUGGGAUAAUGUUGCUCAAGUAGUUGUUGUUCGAAAUGGUUGCCUUCUUGAAGCAUGGGAUUUUCGAAAUCAAACAGGACCAAAACGAACUUUUGGUUUGGAUGGCUAUGAGGUUUAUUAUCUACAAAGAUAUUCAUUUUCUGCAAGAAUGUCGAGUUUGAGAUGUGAUUGUAAUGCUGAUCCAAUUCCAGAACACCAGAUGCAGGGAAGAACCACAACUACAACUACAACAACUACCGGUUAGUUUAUUUUGAACCACCGAAAAAUGAACUUCUGUAGAUCUAAUUUCAAAAAUUAGUUUAACGUUUCCUGAUUUCUCAAAAAAAAACUUUCUCACUUUCAGAAGAACCACCAGACGAAGUUCGAGAAAUAUUGGAAUUAGAAGAAGGAAGUGGACAGUUUUCUAUCAUUGAAGAAAACAAAAAUAAUAAUAAAAAUGGUACAAGUGAUGAAAUUGUGAUUAGAUGA